AACUGUCAAAUUGCAGUGCAGAGGAUGACUGAUUGUAAACAAAAAUUGUCUUGAAAUAUUUUGUUUUAAUAUUUUGCUUCCACUUGAAUAGUGAUCGGAUAAGCUAUUCCAUAAUUUAAAGUAAUUUACGUACCGAUAAAUAAAGCAAACAACUGGUAGCACAUAAUAUUAACAGACAUAUUAUAGCCUCUUCGUCAUGGAUUCAACAAGAAAAGUGAAAACAAAACAAGUUUUCCUGAAGAAUCUAAAGAAGUCUUUAAAGUAUAGACCGAAAAUAUAUAGACUAAUACUCAACUUACGGCGAAAGAUACGUGAAAAAAACAAACUGUUGAAGCAAAAGUCAACAUCUGUUCAACACAAAGAUGUCUCAUGCCAGACGGAUGAAAGGAAUAAUUCAGACGAUAAAGAAAAGAAAAACAAAUCACAGACCAAUGUUGUGGAGGAAGUACCUGCGGCAUGGAACACAGAUGAACACAGCGGUGGCGCGGAAAAGAGCAUCGCCGAGCAAGUCAAGGAGGCAGCCCAGAGUGCCAUGGCACAGUCCGGAAUGGUUUAUGUUGAGUCUGCUGGGAUGUACUAUGAUUAUAAGACUGGAUAUUAUUAUAAUUCUGAACUUGGUCUCUACUACCAUUCAGAUACAGGGUGUUAUUACUACUACUCUGAUGAGAAGCAAGAGUUUGUGUUCCACUCAUACCCGGACACCAGCAUGCUGGCUGCCAAUGAAGCACUCAAGAAACAUGAGCAGAAAAAAGCUAAGAAACAUAAACAGGAAACUCAAGAAAACCCAACUGAAGGCAGCAAACCCAAGAAAAAGAGAACUAGCAAGAAGAAAGUCAAGGAAACUGAGUCCUCUGCCAGUAUCAAUAAGGCAGAAAAUGGUUCAGAAAAGACUGGAAAAGAUGCUAUUGCAUCUGAGGUUAAUGAAACUAUAGAGGGAAAGAUAGAAAAUGGUGAAGUUAUUGAUAAAGAUGAAGAAGCAGAUCUGGAAGAUGGUGAAUGCAGUGACACAGCAUCAGAGUCUGAUGUGGAAUCCUGCGCCAGCACAGCCACUGAUAGCGAUGAUGACAGUGUAGCGAAGCACCACCCCCCGUGCAUGCGAGUGAUCGUGCGGGAGACCAAGCUUCCCAAACUGAAGGUCGGGAGUCUGUUCCUGAUCACUAAAGAUGGCGGCACGGUGGGCCGCGAGGGGGAAAAACAUGCUAUACUGUUGAAUGAGCAUAAUGUUUCUAGGAAUCACCUGCAAAUAUCGUACGACUCGCGCCGCCGCGGCUACGUGGCGACGGACCUCGGCUCCAAGAACGGGACCACGCUCAACGGCACGCGCAUGUCCGCCAGCCAGCCCAUGGAGGUCCCGCAUGGCAGCACCAUACAGUUGGGUGUCACAAAGCUAUUGUGCCACAUUCACCCGGGCAACGACACCUGCGGCCACUGUGAACCCGGCCUCAUUAUGGAAGCGCAAGAGAAAGAAAAGAAAAUCGCCUACACGAGAACGUGCAGCGUCCAGAAACAGCACGCGCUAGAGCUGGCUCGACUCAAGAACAAAUACGUUCCUGAACCUCUGGCCAUAGAGGACGGUAGUUACAAGGACAGGGCCAAGGAGAGGCGGGAGGCGGUCGGCUCGUCGCACCACUCGGAGAAGACUCAGCAGAGCGAUUUGGACACGAGCAUAGCGCCAGACAACAAGGGCUUCAAGCUGCUGCAGAAGAUGGGGUGGUCCAAGGGGGAGGGACUCGGGAAGGACAGCCAGGGGGCGGUGGAACCGGUACCCCUAGUGAGCAACGAGUCGAAGGUGGGUCUAGGCGCUGCGGGCUCGGCCGCCCCGGUCCAGAUAGGCUCUGUAGGCUCCGUGCCGCUGAAGAUGAACAGACGGAGCAAGCCGCUGCGCCCGCCCGCCCGGCUGUUCCGAGACCCCUUGGAGGACGAUGAUGAGUGAAGUCAUCAUCAUCACAACCCAUCAUGUCCUCACUGCUGGGACUCGGGCAGGAAGGAAGGGUUUCAGGCCUUGUCCACCACGCUGGCCUAGUGUGG